AUGCUCGCCAGUGUCGCCUUCUUGCACGGCAAGAAAUGGACCUCCAUGUUGAUCAAGCGAACCUACUUUGGAAACUGGCUCCGUGAUUACUCCCAAGCCGUCGAUGUCGGCAGUCUCAAGGGCGUCAACGCCGCCACGAUUCGAAUCCUCGUCUGGGUUCUCUCAUUCAUGGCUUUCGGCUAUGCCACCGAGGAAUUCGAAGUCACCGAGGAACGUCUCGGCUGCUACCGCCCAGAGGAGCACAUCGACAACCCCCGCGGGUACGCAGAUGGCCUCGAUGCCCGCACGUUUGACCCCCGUCUCCGCGGUCCCGUCCAGCCCGUCGAAACAGAGAUCGAUAUGAAAACGGGAAUGAAGAACUACAUUGCCAACGAGACGGGACAAUGGGCCACCAGUGCCGGAUACAUUCGCUUCAGCUUUGCUCGCAGUAUCCACUUUGGCCGCCUUUACACCUGUGGUGAGCGUGGAAAGGGCAAGGACGAGAAUCUCUGCGAGGCCCUUCGCUGCCUUGGUCAAGCCCUCCAUUGCCUGGAGGACUUUGGGGCGCACAGCAACUAUUGUGAGCUGGCUCUCCGAGAGCUCGGGUACCACAGUGUGUUCCCUCACUGUGGAACCCAAACCGAGAUAAACAUCCAGGGCAAGAGGAUCUAUCCCAUAGUCACUGGUACCUUUGGUGCCGUCGACUUCUUGCACUCCGUGAUUGGCGAAGCCAAUGAUCACUUCACUCAAUCCGAGGUCGAUGAAGUUGAUGUGGCUCUCAAAAAUGCCGAAGGCGCCCGAAGCGGUCCCGUGACUACAGGUGACAGGGGAUUGUUUGACGGCUCUGGUCCAACCGACUUCAUCUCGCUGCUCUCCAAGCUCCCUGAUGUUGGAACUGGAUUUGCCUCCGAGGCAAGAGAGCUGAAGGAAGCUUCUGAAGCCCAAGAGCAAGAGAACCGGCAGAACCAGCAGCGAACUCGUGCCGACAAUGUCAACGUCGUACCGGGGAUGAGCCCCGAUUUCGACCCCGUCAAAACCGCCAAACGCAUCUAUCCUAUCCUGGUGUUCCGCGACAAGAUCGUCAAGGCAAUCAGCCGUGGUAUUGCCAAGAUUCCAGGCCUAGAGAAGCUCCUGGAACACAUCAGCGAGACCCUGACCGCAUUUGUGUUGGGCCUUCUCGCUCCCUUCAUCCGACCCAUCAUAAACUCUGUCACCAAAGUUUUGAAGGAUGGCUCAUCCGGCGUCAUCAGCGCCAGCUCCAAGUCCCAAUUGGAGCCGUGGGAGAACAACAGAUGCUCUGACCCCACCCACUCUAUGCUUUCCAAGGACCACUUCACCAACGUCCUCAACUCUUGUGCUGGCCGAGUUGCCGCUACAAUCCUUCAAUACGCAGUUCCUCGCGUCAUCUUCGCCUGGGAAAACCCCAACGUCCCCGUAGACGAGGUCGUCAACGACGUCAUCCGAGCCUUCCACCACCCAGCCCUGCGCAACGAAAAUAUCCAAAUCCAGCGCGACAUGUUCCAGACGGUGCGAAUGUGGGCCGACCAGCACCCGCGUCGCCACGAACUCGACCGCAUCCUCUCCUCGGAAUCAGUCAAGACGGGCAAGAACCACAUCCUCAACGGCGCCAAAUCGGGCAGCAGCGGAGGCGGCCACUCCCACGGCGCCUUUGACGCCCUCAGCCAGCUCGGCCACGGCAAAGUCGCCGGCUCGCUAUGGUCCCAGGUCCGCACCCGCGAUUUGGACUCCAUGUCUGGAAAUGACGGCGAGCAGGCCGCCAACUACGUGUCCAACUCUCCUGCUCCGCGGACAAGCAAGAUGCCCACUCCGCCGUCUUAUACCUCGACGAGCGGAGGCGGAGAGGCAGCUUCGUACAUGAACGAAUCCAAUACCUUCCAGGCAGGCUACAAUGCCCCCCCACCCCCGGGACAGUAUUACCAGGGCUACGGUCAGCAAUCCCCUCCCGGUGGUCCUCAGGGAUAUCCGGGAACCCAGCAGUAUGGUGCGCCGCCUCCGGGACAAUGGCAGCAGCCGCCCCCGGGGUACGGCGGCUCACCCCCGCAGGGAUAUCCCCCUUACGGACAAGGUCGGCCGCCUUCUUGGAACCAGUAUCCCGGCCAGGGACGCUAUUAG